GACAGUUGUGCAUUAUUCUGAAAACUCGGUAGACUCAAUGGGUAGACUGCAGAGAAACGUCAAUCAAUUUUGUUUUGGUUACUUUGAUCUUUGACGUCUCUAAGAAAAAUAAUUAUGCUUUGUUUCUAAUACCGUGAAAUUGUGAAAAUAGUUUGUUUAUUACGUAUUUAACUCAAUUUAGUGGUAGAUAGACGUUUUUAAAAAUGGAAGUGGAUCAGUUUGCCCUUGAACUAGCUUAUCCAGCUGAAGUUUCACGGCUACCGCUGAUUGACGAGUCUUCGGCGCUGGGGCCGCAAGCUCCGAAAGACAGGUUAAUUGCGGUGCUAGACCAGGUGGAGAUGCGAGUGGAAAGGCUCCGGAAAGACACUGUGCGCAUUGAAGAAGAGAAGGAUUCCUUGCUUUCCACCCUGGACAGUAUCAAGCACUCAGAACUACUCACAGACAUAUCAGAAUGCGAUAAGGACGACAUCACGCGGUACGCUGACCGCAUCCUCGCGCGCGCCAUGACCGUGGAGGUGGCCGUGCGCACCGACCGCGACUCCCAGCAGGAGGAGGCGCUUCAUCAGGUGAACAUGUACAUAGACCAGCUGGUGAUGUCGGUGCACGACGACGCGGUGGUGGCGCACUCGCGCUGCCAGACGUACAUGAACGCGUGCACCUCCCAGCCCGACCCCACCUCCGGCACCGACAAGAACUUCGAGACGGCCAUCCUCGGCUGCACCCUCGACGACCAGAAACGAAUCAAGAAACGCCUCCAAGGUCUCCUGGACUACUUCGCGAAGCUAAAUGUGACUUCUUACUCGUGAGUGGCGGAUGAACUCGCGAACAGACUUGUCCUAAACUGAUCUACUGCCAGCUUCCUUGUGCGUGGACCUGUGACAUACGUUCCGUUUCACGCAUACGUGUUUUUUCAUGCAUGACAUUAGUGCGGUAUGUUUUGUAUUUUUUUACGUUGUCAAAAUAAUAGUUUCUUUGUAUCCAACUGGGGAUUAAUUUUUGUAUCGUUAGGCUUAGAACAGAAACGAGCCGUUUCCUUGUAUGAUAAGAUUUAAAAGUUUUGGUACCUGAAUAAAUUAUUAAAACAAAUGCGAUUGGCUAGUUAUUUUAUUUUGCAUGAAAUUGUACGUAUGUUAAAUAUAUUUAGUUGUUGAAAGUUAUAAACCCCGCGGAAUGUCGGGGUCCACAUACAAUGGUAUAUUCGCUUUGGCAUAUGUGAUAAAUUCCUUAUAAAUGUUAUUUGUAGCCAUUCCACGUCUGUGCGAUGACGUAUAUUCACCAUAUUAGCUACUUAUCAAUGAAAACUUUAAAAGGAUAUAAUUUGAUUAUUAUUGAUACUGCACCUUAUAUCUUUAACUAUUGAAGCUACUUUUUCCAUUACAAUAUUGACGAGCUACGCAUCCUACCGACUUUGCAUUUAAUGUUAAUUAUACCAACACCACUAUAUACAUAGGAUUUACUGAAUUUAUACCAAUUCAGUGUUUAAAUAUAAAUCCUAUAUGUAAUGUAUAAAAUGCAUAUGAAAAUGUGCUAAUAGUACAUAAUGUAAUUAAUAUUGUUGCGUUUGUUUGUUUUAAUUAUGCUUCUUCGCUAAUGUAAACUCAAUCUUGGUAAAUUAUAAACAAUGUUGUUUUUCAUUGACAUAGCCACAAUCGGUAAAUAAUCUCAAUCUCUACCUUUCGAUCGAUUUCGAGAAUAUCUAAUCAAAAUUAUCUGUAGGCAUGUCAAAACUCAUCGUGAUUGGUCCAUUUUGGUUAUAGAUCUGAAGUUAGCGAUUGUAAUUAUUUAUAUAUUUUUUCCGUUAAGUAAUAAUUUACAUUUUGAUCUAAAUUUUACUUCAGAAAAUAAAAUAAGUACACUAUAGUUGACCUAAAAUGCAAUUCAAUGUAUUAUUGUUGUGCUUAAUUAUGUUUGAAUAUCAGUCUUGUAAUUGAUUUAGCAUUUCCAAUAAAGCUGCUGUCAUAGCCGCCUUGAAGUUAGGUACGAACCCUCCAUCUGACGUCAUCCCUUAGCAAUGCCAACCUCAGGGUAUUUCGGAUGUGCCUACGCAGAUUCUUAGACGGCAAAUAAAAAAAAAACACAGUUCCCUUAGUCUCCAAAAGCUAUGACUUUGAACUAUGAUGUUGAUUUUCUGGUGGUAAAGGAUUUGAAUCCGUUCGAAUGACCACCGUACAUAAGGCGUAAAACUCGCUAUGAUGGCCUACGUGUGUUGCGUUCCGGGAUCAGCCUGUGUAUAUCCGGUUUCAAAGAAACAUAAUACGAGGGAUAACCAUCUCUCGUCAAUAAUAUAACACUCUAUGUGGACCCCACUUUGCUUAUUAACAGGUGCAGUGGAGUCACAUUGGUGUAUCCCUAUAAAAAUCUUGAAUAACUACACACAUGUCAUGAGCGUUUGUCCGAUAUUUGUCUAUAUGGAAUACAAAUGCUUGUAUUACAUACAAAAUGUAAUUACUGUUGUAAACACUUUUUGAAUUUAUAUUUUGUCUCUUACAUUUUGGUGCUUAGAAAUGAACAAUGAGAGAGAUACAACUAAUCACUUAUUAGUCUUACAUUAAUCAAUUGGAAGGGUAAAUUUAUAUUUGGAAUUAAUUUUGAUGUGCAGAACUUUAGUGUAAACAUUUUUAAUUCCAGCUCAAUCACUGAUCGAAUUAAUUAAAUCAAGUUUUAAACAAAACAUUUUAUAUAACUUCCCACUUCCCAGUGAACGAGCACGCUUUCGGCUUUCGCUAUAAAAACAUUGAUGUGCAAAUUUAAAAUAAGACUUUUUAAUUACAAUCUAUUUUAAAAUUGUAGUAAAAUAUUAAUAUCAUUUUUAUGCUUUUUUUUGUAAAUGUGUUAUAUAAUAGAACGUGUGAUAUUGAAGAGACUUGCUUGGAAAUUAUUUUUAAAUAUAAAUUUGCAUUUUAACGAUCUAAUGUUAUUGUUCCCAAGGCUGUUCAGAGGAUAAAAAUAUUUAAAACUGUUAUGUUACAAUUCUUUUUUCAAAUUGAAGUUCAAAAGUUUGCGUCCCCAGCAUUUAGCGUGGUAUUUGACGGUGCAUAGUGAUAGCAUUUUUUGCGACCAGGCAGCAUUUUAUGGUGGGAUGAUUCAUGACACUCUUUUUCGAUGACCAGUCUUUUAAAUCCACCUUUUAUCUAUUUAUUGUGUGGUACAAAACUAUGUUUAAAAAUAUAUAAGUAAUAUAUAUUAAUAUAAUUAUCGUAAUUACUUGAUAGUAAUUGAAAUAUUAAAAUCUAAAUUUAACUAAAACACGAUACUGAACAACCAAUAGCUUAAGACUUUUGUAGAAGGGAAACCUCCAUAAAAUAUUACUGAAUCUGAGAGAAUUUAUGGUACCUACUACACAGAUGGCCACAUAUCUAAUAUACUUAAAAAUAUUUUGAACAAUAGACCGUGUAAGACCACAUGCUAUUCAUAUCUAGCUUUAUUUUGUGAAAAUGCGAAAUAGCCUUUUAUUAGUUAGGAAGCAAAUUGUUACCUAUCUUAUUAUUUAAUAAUAAACUAGAUACCAAUG